AUGAGUUGUGCGUCCCCUAGUGCAGUAUUGAGACUGACUUUAUUAAUAUUAACAUUUGUUGUCUCGUGUUCCUUUAUCGCAAGUGUUGUGUGGUUACUGCGAACCAAAGACUCCGCUAGCCAAUAUGAGAAUUAUUACUUGUCGAGAAUUAAUAUAAGCGUACGAGCUCAGGAAAGCAAUAACGCGUCUGCGUCACACACAGAAACGGACCAUUACAAAGACUUGAUUAAAAUAGAGAUAGCUAUGCGGCGCGUUGAGGAGAAUAGUAGAAGAUUGAAGGAAUACACUAAGUCCUUGUUGUGGGAUAAUAAAGAUAAGUCGCUGUGGUGUGUUUUGUUUAAGGACAGUGACAGAGAUGUGAAGGCAGUACGAGCGGGAAAAAAUAAACACGCUGUAGAUGAGAAUCACAUAAGAGCGUUGAGAGAACAAAAAAUGAGAGAGACCGUGAUACAUCUGCGACAUCACGGAAGCCAUCACAGGAGACGUCAGGAUGCCCUGCCAAAUAUGCCAUACAUUAAAUAA